GAAAGAGGGAGGGAGUUAGUCAAGUUGCUAGCUAGCUUACUGACAGUCAGACACAGCUCUGUCCUGUUCUGCUGUUGUGUCGCUCUCCCUGAAUGGGUACAAGUUAGACUGAGGUGAACCUAAACCUUCCUACAACGACCCGUCACCCUGCUUUAUGGGAUUCAAAGUCCAACCACGGGUCUACUGGAGCUGCAACCUCAGGCCCAGGAUAGGAGAGGCCUGCUAGGGUUUGUCAUGCUCCGGCAGAGGAGGUGCUGACAGGCUGAACCAGAUCAGAAUAAGAGACCCUAACCAAGGAGGUCGAGACAUUACAGAGGAAAUAAUGUCAGGGGGCCGCAGUGGCUCCACCCCGACCCCACCACAGUCAGCCAUAUCUGGAUCAGAAAAUACAGCAGUGGUGCAGGCCAAUGGUGAGAGCAUCACAGCUGCUACCACAACGGCACUGGUCAGACCAGAUGACCGAGAUAAACCUACGCCUCCUCCUCUCUCAAAAACCCCCGAACCUUCAAAGGGUGACCCCAUCCCCACAGAGGCUUCAUCCUCUGACACGAACACUAAGCCCCCCAUACCCCCUCUAUUAUCAGAAGCAGCGGAUCACUCCCUCAACACCCUCACACCCAGUGCUCCUGUUGCAGAAGUGAUGGACGCUCCUCCAAGGGAACCCACUCCAACACCUCAAUCAGCACCUGAAGUGCCGGCUUACCCUGCACCCCUCCCUGACCCAGUCCCCACCUUAACCGCACAGGACAAAACAGACACGAAAGCUGCACAGGAGGAAGAAAUGGAGGAUGAAGAGGUGGAGACUAAAACAGAAGAGGCUGCUGCCUCUUUGGACCUAACUCUUGCACCUCUCUCCACCACUAACGGUGUUGCAGCGGUCGAGCCUGAAGAACUGUCCGUUGAGUUGCCACCCAGUCACCUGGAGGCUCCUCUAGACUCUCCUAUUGCGCAGCCCGAGGAGCUCCGCCUUCCCAACGGCCUGCCAAUCCCUGACCCGGAGGCCCAUGCUCUCUGUGCAGCCGAGCGGGAUGACAGCCCCAUCGCCGAACCCGACGUCAGCCAGCAGCCUAUCAUAGAGACUUCCACAGCCAUCACCCUGGAAGCACCUCCACCUGUUGUCCAAGCCAUAACUGAACCUGUUGACCAGCCCACACCUGAAGCUGCGGUCCAGGAGAUUCCCGAAGAGCUUGUCGUCCCAGCAGUGCCCGCCCAGACUGAGGUAGAAGAAACAUCUCCUGCAGUCACUGAGGUUGAUAUAGAAGAUUCUCCGGUGCCUGAGACCACUGCCAAGGAACAGAUGCCAUCACCUCCAGAACCGGUUUCCUUAGCUGAAAGCACGCCAGAAACUGUGCCCUCUCCUCCCCCUCCCACAGCUGAGGAGAAGGAGGACGUCCCCCCUCCCCAGACAGUUACCCCUGCCCUUGUAGAAACUACUAUGCAAGCUGCUGUGUCUGUGCCAAAGAAAAAGAGGAAAAUGAAGGAUCUGAACAAAAUGGAGGCAGUAGGAGACCUCCUAGAUGCCUUUAAAGAGGAGCAGGUUGUGGCCGUGCCAAAACCUGAGCCCACCCCAGCACCAGAGCCACAGCUCCCUGCCGCCGUUUCCCCUCCUGCCCCGGAGGAGGCAGACCUCACCUGGGAGGACAAGGAGGACAAGGAGGACAAGCUCGAUGCUGAGAACAUUCAGCCAGAUCCUCUCUCACCCAACGCCAACAACAAGAAGUACCAAUACAAAGACGAACAAUGGAAACCAAUUAACCCCGAAGACAAGAAGCAAUACGACAGAGAGUUCCUUCUGGGUUUCCAGUUCAUCUCAGCCAGCAUGAACAAGCCUGAAGGUCUUCCAGCCAUCAGUGAUGUUGUCCUGGACAGGGCUAAUAAGAACCCUCUACGUCAACUCGAUCCCAGUCGUCUACCAGGAAUGAACUGUGGCCCUGACUUUACUCCCUCCUUUGCCAAUCUUGGCAGGCCUGGAAUGGGAGGAGGAAGCAGAGGACCAGUAAGUUUCCUUGACAUGAUUUAUGAAUUUGCACUACGUCAACAUCAUGGACACGACCGAGUCUUCAUGUGCUCCUGCCCUCUUUCUUCCCAGCCUCCAGGUUUGGGAAUGGGAAUUCCCACUUCACGCCGCUCCCAGCAGAUGCAGAGGAAAGAGCCAAGGAAAAUCAUCACCAGCAUGUCGAUGAGUGACGACGUGCAGCUGAACAAGGCGGAGAAGGCUUGGAAACCUUCAGUGAAGAAGGUCCGCACCCGUGCAGUAGAGGAGCCGGAGGAGAGCGGAGGAGAGCAACAGAAGACCCAGGAGCUGUUUAAACGAGUCCGCAGCAUCCUCAACAAACUGACCCCUCAAAAGUUUCAAGAGUUAAUGAAACAGGUGACUGAACUGACCAUUGACACCGAGGAGAGGUUGAAAGGAGUCAUCGAUCUCACCUUCGAAAAGGCCAUCUCUGAGCCAAACUUUUCAGUUGCCUACGCCAACAUGUGUCGCUGCCUUAUGGGGCUUAAAGUCCAAACCGCAGAUAAGCCAGGAAUGAAUUUCCGCAAACUGCUGCUAAAUCGAUGCCAAAAGGAGUUUGAAAAGGACAAAGAUGACGAUGAAAUCUUUGAGAAGAAACAGAAGGAGCUGGAGGCUGCAUCAGAGGAGGGAUUAAAACAGCGGCUCAUGGAUGAGCUCGAAGUGGCUAAAGACCAGGCCAGGAGGCGCUCGCUGGGUAACAUCAAGUUCAUUGGAGAGCUGUUUAAGCUUAAAAUGCUCACAGAGGUCAUCAUGCAUGACUGCAUUGUAAAGCUGCUCAAGAACCACGACGAGGAGUCCUUGGAGUGCUUGUGUCGACUGUUAUCCACCAUUGGCAAGGACCUAGACUUUGAGAAGGCCAAGCCUCGUAUGGACCAGUAUUUCACUCAGAUGGAGAAAAUCAUAAAGGAGAGGAAAACUUCCUCGAGGAUCCGCUUCAUGUUGCAGGAUGUGCUGGACGUUCGACGGAACAACUGGGUGCCCCGACGAGGAGACCAGGGCCCCAAGACCAUCGACCAGAUCCACAAAGAGGCUGAGCUGGAGGAGCACAGGGAACAGAUGAAGGUUCAGCAAGUUCUCAUCUCCAAGAAGGAGUAUGGUGGAGGCCCAGGCGGCAGGAUGGGUGGAGGAGGUCCCGGGGGACGUGGGGGACCUCACACCCAAGGCCGCGGUGCUCCUCCCCAAGACGAUGGCUGGAACACGGUGCCCAUUUCCAAGAACCGACCUAUUGACACCUCUCGCCUUAGCAAAAUUACAAAGACUCCUGUUCUUGACUUAAACAAUCAGUUGCUUGCCCCAGGAGGUAAAGGCACAUGGGGCAGCUGGGGUAAGGGCAGCAGCGGUGGCACCAGUGCCAAACCUGCAGAUUCUGGCUCAGAGUCGGGCAGCCGUUCAACCACCAGCACUCUGAACAGGUUCUCAGCCCUGCAGCAACCUCUGUCCUCCUCAGGCUCCUCACAGGACUCAGACAGGCGAGUUCCUCAGAGGAACAGCUCGAGUCGAGAGCGAAGUGACCGCUUUGACCGCAGCGGUGACCGCUUCGAUAGACGAGACGAGCGCCGAGACGAACGCGAUCGCAACCGGCUGCAGGUCACGAAACGAAGUUUCAGUCGGGAGAAUGAGGAGCGGAGCCGUGAGAGAGAGCAGCGCGGCGCGGCCGAUCCUGUCCGCCGUGUGGCGAGUAUGACGGACGACAGAGACCGAGGCAGCAGAGAGAGAGCCAGGAGCAAAGACAACGUAGUGAAGCGGGAGAUGGCUCCCACUCCUCCACCUCCUCAGACCCCGACCAAGCCGGCCUUGACUGAGGAAGAGAUGGAAAAGAAGUCCACGGCCAUUAUCGAGGAAUACCUGCAUAUCAACGACAUGAAGGAGGCACUGCAGUGUGUGCAGGAGAUGAACAGCACUCAGCUGCUCUUCGUGUUUGUACGAAACGGGCUGGAGUCGACGUUGGAGCGCAGCACCAUCGCCAGGGAGCACAUGGGCCUGCUGCUUCAACAGCUCAUAAAGACCGACAUCCUGCCAACACAGCAGUACUUUAAAGGGCUUCAGGAAAUCCUCGAGGUGGCUGAAGACAUGGCCAUUGACAUCCCACACAUCUGGCUGUACCUGGGAGAGCUGAUCACGCCCAUGCUCCUUGAGGGAGGUGUCCCCAUGGCAGAGCUUUUCAGGGCGGUUUCAAAGCCUUUGAUUCCUCAUGGGAAAGCUGGAGUCCUGCUGGUCCACAUCCUCAACUUACUCUGCAAAGGAAUGAGCCAUAAAAAGGCCGGCACCAUGUGGAGGGAGGCAGGCCUCCGAUGGAAGGACUUCCUGCCCGAGGAUGUAGACGUCAACAAGUUUGUGACAGAAAAGAAUGUGGAGUUCACACUCGGUGACGAGUCAGAGAGAAGCAAAAAGGAGCUGACCUCUGCAGAACUGAGCAAACAGCUGGACAGACUGAUCCAGGACAAGGCGGACAACCAGAGGAUCUUUGACUGGGUUGAGGCAAACCUCGACGAGCAGCAGAUCUCCUCCAACAUGUUUGUCCGAGCGCUGAUGAGCUGCAUCUGCCAGGCAGCCGUCAUCUGUGAGAACCCGUACAAACUGGACUGUGAGCUGAUCAAACAGAGAGCCAAGGUCCUGCUGAAGUAUGUGAAUGACGAGCACAAGGAGCUGCAGGCGCUCUAUGCUCUGCAGGCCCUCAUGGUGGAACUGGAGCAACCUGCCAACCUCCUGCGGAUUUUCUUUGACACUCUUUAUGACGAGGACGUGAUCAAAGAGGAGGCCUUCUACAAGUGGGAGUCGAGCAAAGACGUCGCCGAGCAGCAGGGCAAGGGUGUGGCCCUCAAGUCCGUCACCGCCUUCUUUACUUGGCUCCGCGAGGCCGAGGAUGAGUCCGACAACAACAGUUAGGCUCCCAGGCCACUGGGGGGCAGUGGUGGGUGUGUGUGUGGGGGGGGAGGGGGGGGAAUGUUAUGUGGAUGAUUCAGAAGAUUCUGAAUCAGCAAAAACCUUCUGCAUAAACGGAAAAAAAAAACAAGAAAAAAAUUCUUCAACUGGGAGAGAUUGUAUUAUGGAUCGAACAUUCGAUCAUGUUAUUUUUUUGUUAAGUUUUUUUUGCAACUGAAUGUCUUUUUUUGAACUAAACAGGAUUAAAUAGAGAGGAAAGAUAUAAGAGAGAGAGAGAGAUGAUGUGGAGAGGUUACAAGCCGUGGGAGACGAUGCUGUUUCUUCAGUUUUUGGGGUUUUUUUGAGGUUCAAAUGGCUUCUCCUCACCAUGGCAACACUAUUCAAGACACUUUGCUUAAUGACAGAUGUUAUAAGAGGCUGUUCACAUCUAUAUUUUUGAUGACUUCAUUUUUUUACCAUGUAGACAUGAAGGAGAGACGUUGUCAUGUCGCAUGUGCGGUGUUUGAUCUACAUGCUGCGCUAAUGUAGAUGUUAGCUUUCUGUUUGUUUUUCCAGUGUUGGAUGAUUGGCGUGUGUUUUAUAAUAAAAUAGAAAACUACAAAGAGAAGCGGCGAGAGUCGUCUAAUGGACAUUUCAGAAUAGACGUUGGACUCUUUGAGGGCGGUGUCACUAAUGAGAGGGCCAAUGAACAGUGACUGUUUUGCUGCUGGGAGGGGGGCAGUCAUGUUUCCAUGAUGCCCCUCAGCCCCACCCAAAAAAAGAAGAAAAACCCACUUUCCCUCCCCGUCAUGUGUCUGUUUUAUUGUUUCCCGCAAUUUAAAAAAACCUCCACAAACUGGACUGAGAAAAGGAGGAGAGCGCGACGAGCUGGUGAAGGAUUGAACGAGACAAAAAAGCAUCGUUCAAACUUGAAAACAAACAACAACAAUCCACUAAUAACACAAGUAGAGUUUAACCAUACCCAUUGUAAAGCCUUUUCCUGCUUCCAUGAGAGUUUCUGUAAAUAUCUAAAGGAGAAGACGACGAUGUUAUUUCCCACACCGCUGAAAUCACCCCUCCUGUAUUUAUAUUUGUCUCUCCUCAGCUGGCAGAAGGUGCUUGUAAUUAUCCACCCCACGUCAUUGAUUACAGAUUAAUGAACAUUUGUAAAUAUUUUUCCUUUUCUUUAUUAAAAAAGAUAUUUAAUUAAAGAAAAUUAAUGCCUCUUUUCACAUCCAAAACUGGAAGAGUUAAUAAAGAUCAUUGCAAAUAAAAAUAAAAAAAAAACCUC